CCAGCACGCGACGUUACCAUGAGCCUCCCCGUUCAACCGGCAGAGACUCCACGCGCAGAGAGUGCCCGCCUGACGAGAGAAGCGCGACAUUCAGAGCCGCACGAUGCCCGGGGGAAAGAGAGGGCUGGUGGCACCGCAAAACACUUUUCUGGAGAAUAUCGUGAGACGCUCGAGUGAAACAAGUUUUCUGCUGGGGAAUGCUCAGAUUGUAGACUGGCCUGUAGUUUACAGUAAUGACGGCUUCUGCAAGCUGUCUGGAUACCACAGAGCAGAGGUCAUGCAGAAAAGCAGCACAUGCAGUUUUAUGUAUGGGGAGCUGACAGACAAGAAGACCAUAGAAAAGGUGAAACAAGCCUUUGACAACUAUGAGUCAAACUGCUUUGAAGUACUGCUGUACAGAAAGAACAGAACUCCAGUGUGGUUCUACAUGCAGAUUGCACCGAUCCGAAAUGAAAAUGACAAAGUGGUUCUGUUCCUGUGUACAUUUAAAGAUAUCACUGUUUUUAAACAACCUAUUGAAGAUGAAAACACCAGGGGUUGGACUAAGUUUGCACGUUUGACUAGAGCUUUGACAAACAGCAAAAGCACCAUUCAGCAGCUUACGCCCAUGAGCAGAACUGACAUCAACUUGCACAAACCCUCCAGACUUGCAGAGGUGCUUCAGCUCGGCUCUGAUAUCCUUCCUCAGUAUAAGCAGGAAGCCCCUAAGACACCCCCACACAUCAUCUUACACUACUGCACCUUUAAGACCACGUGGGACUGGGUGAUCCUCAUUCUAACCUUCUACACGGCCAUCAUGGUCCCUUACAAUGUCUCCUUUAAGACCAAACAGAAUAACAUCACUUGGCUGGUUCUGGACAGUGUGGUGGAUGUAAUUUUCCUGGUGGACAUCGUCCUCAACUUCCACACCACGUUUGUAGGACCAGGAGGGGAGGUGAUCUCUGACCCCAAGCUGAUCAGGAUGAACUACCUGAAGACCUGGUUCAUUAUAGACCUGCUGUCCUGUCUGCCCUAUGACAUCAUCAAUGCUUUCGAAAAUGUGGAUGAGGGCAUCAGCAGCUUGUUCAGUUCUCUGAAGGUAGUUCGACUUCUACGCUUGGGUCGUGUUGCACGUAAACUGGACCACUAUUUAGAGUAUGGCGCAGCUGUGCUCGUAUUACUGGUCUGUGUGUUUGGGUUGGUGGCCCACUGGCUGGCCUGUAUAUGGUACAGCAUUGGAGAUUAUGAGGUCAUCGACGAACAAACCAACACCAUAAAGACAGACAGCUGGCUCUACCAAUUAGCCACCAGCAUUGGAUCUCCAUACCGGUUCAACGCUAGUGGGACUGGCCAAUGGGAGGGCGGGCCUGGGAAAGACUCUCUGUACAUAACGUCAUUGUAUUUCACCAUGACAAGCCUGACCACCAUUGGCUUUGGAAACAUUGCACCAACCACAGAUGGAGAGAAGAUCUUCUCUGUGGCCAUGAUGAUGGUUGGAUCUCUCCUUUAUGCCACCAUAUUCGGUAACGUGACGACCAUUUUCCAGCAGAUGUAUGCCAACACCAACCGUUAUCAUGAAAUUCUGAAUAAUGUACGAGAUUUUCUCAAGCUCUACCAGGUGCCCAAAGGCCUCAGUGAGAGAGUGAUGGACUACAUCGUCUCAACCUGGUCCAUGUCUAAAGGCAUUGACACAGAGAAGGUGCUCUCCAUCUGUCCUAAAGAUAUGCGGGCAGACAUCUGUGUGCACCUGAACAAGAAGGUGUUCAACGAGCACCCUGCGUUUCGAUUGGCCAGUGACGGAUGUCUGCGCUCAUUGGCCGUGGAGUUCCAGAUGAUACACUCCGCCCCUGGUGACCUCAUAUUCCAUGCGGGAGAAAGCGUGGACCUGCUGUGCUUCGUGGUGUCAGGGUCACUGGAGGUCAUUCAGGAUGAUGAGGUCAUCGCUAUACUGGGUAAAGGGGAUGUGUUUGGUGAUGUGUUUUGGAAGGAGACAACUCUGGCCCACUCGUGUGCUAACGUUCGAGCGUUAACAUACUGUGAUCUUCACAUCAUAAAGAGGGAAUCCCUGUUGAAGGUGCUGGACUUCUACACAGCGUUCGCCAACUCUUUCUCCCGAAACCUUAGUCUCACCUGCAACCUACGCAAAAGGUUCAUAUUCCGUAAGAUCAGCGAUGUGAAGAAGGAGGAAGAGGAGAGGCAGCGCUCCAAGAAUGAGGUUCCUCUCACCAUUCCUGUGGAUCACCCUGUACGAAAACUUUUCCAGAAGUUUAAACAGCAGAAAGAGCUCCGUAACCAGGGAGCUUCUGCCCAGCUCGACCGGGUGAAGAAUCAGCAGCAUUUGCAUACUCAAUCGCACGGACACAGUGGCAGGCAAUCUACACGUACAACUCUGCAGAAACCUGCUGGUUCCCUCGUGCAGAACUCGCUGCAUGCGGUUCAGAAUGGGUCCACCAGCAGUGUGGACACCAUCUCCCAGAUCACACCCAUCCAGAACUGCCUUGCCUACCCUAAACUAUGUGAUCCUGUCAAGCAAAACAACUGUGACAUCAUGGAACUCAAACCUGCUAGUGGUGACCAGGUCGCAAAUCGGUGUAAAGUGAAUAACACAGUGAGGGCCAAACCGGCAGGAACCGCUUGUGGUUGGAUGAGACUAAAAAACAACAUGGGUGCCCCGAGUUCUACUCCAGAGGAAGAGAGGAAGGAGGGAUUAAACAACGCCACCGAAGCCGUCUCCAUGGAGCGUCUUUCUCCAGACGUCAAAGUCCGGAUAGAAAGUGUUGGGGAGGUUGAGGGAUCCCGAAAAAAUUCUCUUCGCAAAACAGAUUCUUGGGAUAGCGGCCUGACUUAUAGCGACCAGAGACUAGAUCGGGUGUCCGAACCACAGAGUCCUGUACCUGGAAUUGGUGGAGGAGAAGGGCUAGCCCAUGAUUUCUUCCCCAGUUGUGAGAUCUCAUUCCAGGUUUCGCUUCAGGAGGCAAGGCUGGAGUUACGGACAGAGAUCCAGGCUCUAAACGGGAGAAUGGCAGCUUUAGAGGAACGGAUUGGAGAGAUCCUCAGGCUGCUGGUAGAGCAAUCCAAGGCCCCAUCUAACCAAGACCCCACCCCAACACACAUAUUAAAACUUAAACCACAGGACAGCUUCCCAGAGUCAACACUCAAUACACCGGUCUCUGAAAAGGAAAAGGUGUCACCAUAGGAGAAAGAGAGUAUCGAGAUAAAGCAUUUGUAGAAACACUGGGGUGUAUUGGAGCAUCCAUAUUUGGAGCAUCCUUUGAGUUCCCAGUCAAAGCUUAUAGUGGAACCUCUACAUGGGUGCUUGUGUUGGUUUCCUGGGCUAAAUAGAUCCUGGGUUCAGAGAAUAAAGCUAUCAACUGAAUAUCUCUAACAGGAGUUGGUUUCUGGAGCUAACUGGCAGACAUGAAUUUUCAAGCUUUCAGAGUACUGUGGCAUCUGCUGCUUAAUAUAAAAUAAAAGCAGUUUUAGUUUUAGUGCUACAAGAUUGAAAUGAGCACUCCAACCUUUUGCACACUGAACCUCAUGCAGGAACUAUGGAAAUUUUCAGAAAUGUUUUUAAAUGAUUUUUCCUUUUGUCAAUGUGUAUAUUCUGCAUGUCCAGCUGGGUUCUGGCUUGCCAAAAAUGUUAAAUCCUGAUGAUGUCUGUAAUUUUGACUUUAUAUUUAAAUGCUUGUAUAUUAUGCAGUUAACUGCAUGCAAAUCUGUUUAUUCUCACAGAAAGUGUUUUGCUUUUUUUCAAUGUGUAAAUGAAAGCGACCAUUGAUUGUCUUGAUAUUUAAAAAUUUCACAUUAAUGUACAUUAAGAUUUUUGACAAAAUGUAGCAUGACAAAUCACUGAGAAAGAAUGUGUUGUGGCUUGUGAUAAUUAUGUAUGCAUGAUUGAUAUUCACAGCACUCAAGUACUUUGUCUUAAUGGAUCAGAAUUUCACUCUUAAGAUUAAACCGAAAGAUAUAAGACGGAUUUAUUUUUGUAUUCAUUUAGGCAGUCCUGCUAACAGCACAAUACAGAGACAACAUCACAAGAUCAUUUUGUAUUAUUUUAUUUUUUUUUCAUUGUUGGCUAUACUGUAUACAGUAAGCUACAUAUAGUAUAGAUGAUUU